UGGAGUUGUUUUCCCCGGGAAGCUCCGGAGGAGAGAGGGCGGGAGAUGAAGAUGAUUGACAAAACUUAGAACCAUUCGUCAAACAGGAGGAAAUGGAAAAGCAGAUAUAGCUACAAAUUGUCUCGCAAAAGGAGCGUGUCAGUCCCGCCCCCUCCUCUCACUGGGUCUCUGAGCCAACGGAGGUGGGACCGUUCUUAUCAGCCAAUCGAGAAUCAGCCAUGAGCAGCGGAUGGUAACUGGGCCAACGCUUUGGGCGCGUUGCUUUGGACGCCCAGGGGCUGAGUCGCUUUGCUCGCACUUUUCUAGGCCAUUUCUGAAGCCUUGAGCUGGGCCCCACCUGGAGCCCUCCUGCAUCCCGCACCCCAACCCCAGUGUCCGAGAUCUGCCCUCCAGAUAUCCGCCCAGGCGAUCCCGGGCCCCAUCUCGCCCCAUCCCCACUGCUCUCACAGAGAGCAGCUCCCCCAUCUCCCCUUCCCAGGCCUGCCCAGGGCCCCAGCGACUCCAGCAGCCGCCUGCCCCUCCGAGGCCCUCAGGGGUGGUGGUCGGGGGCUGUCACCAUGGUGAAGCUGGCCGCCAAAUGCAUCCUGGCAGGAGACUCAACUGUGGGCAAGACAGCGCUAGCCCAGAUCUUCCGCAGCGAUGGGGCCCACUUCCAGAAGAACUACACUCUGACAACGGGGGUGGACUUGGUGGUGAAGACGGUGCCAGUUCCUGACACGGGCGACAGUGUGGAACUCUUCAUUUUCGACUCUGCCGGCAAGGAGCUGUUUUCUGACAUGCUGGACAAGCUGUGGGAGAGCCCCAACGUUCUCUGCCUGGUCUAUGACAUAACCAAUGAGCAGUCCUUCCAUAGCUGUAGCCGGUGGCUGGAGAAGGCACGUGCGCAAGCUCCGGGCGGCUCUCUUCCAGGUGUUUUGGUGGGGAAUAAGACGGACCUGGCCAGCAGACGAGCAGUGGAUUCGGCCCAGGCCCAAGAGUGGGCGCUGAGCCAAGGCCUAGAAUGUUUGGAAACAUCGGUGAAGGACAUGGAGAACUCUGAUGCCCCCUUCCACUGCCUGGCCCAGCAGUUCCACCGCCUGUACCGGGAGAAGGUGGAGGUUUUCCGGACGCUGGUGUAAGACCCUGAGGUGUGGUGCCGUCCUGAACCCCACCAAGGAGCUCUGGCUCCUCAGAAGUGCAAGAAGCCGGAAUCCCCUCCUGCAUUCACAGAGCAUCCUGACAGCUGUCAAUAAAAACAAGCACAACCC